UUGGAAAAUCUAAAAAUGAUAGGAAGAGAUUUAUUUAGUGCAGGAACAGUGACAACGCACAGCACCGUAAGAUAUGGCCUGCUGCUCAUUCUGAAACAUCCUGAGGUCCAAGCAAAAAUUCAUGAGGAAAUUGGACGUGUGAUUGGACAUAAUCGACUUCCUUCCAUAAAGGACAGACAAGAUAUGCCCUAUAUGGAUGCUGUGGUGCAUGAAGUGCAAAGAUUCAUUGACCUCAUACCUCUCAACGUACCCCAUGCAGUGAACCGGACAUCCAUUUCCAACAAUAUAUCCUCCCCAAAGGCACAACAAUAUUCCCACUGCUCACCCCAGUGUUGCAUGACAAGAAAGAGUUUCCAAGGCUGACCAGUUUGACCCACAGCACUUCCUGGAUGAGAACGGGAAAUUCAAGAAAAGUGACCACUUCAUGCCUUUUUCUAUUGGAAAACGGUCUUGUGCUGGAGAGGGCCUGGCGAAGAUGGAGGUAUUUUUGUUCCUUACCACCAUUCUACAGAACUUCACUCUCAAACCAGUUGGAGAUCCAAAUGAAAUUAGAGUAAAGCCCAAUUAUGUUGGAUUCAGCAACGUCCCACCACAUUACCAACUAUGCUUUCUUCCUCACUGAGAAGAACACAAAGUUGAUUUGGUGAAUUAGCAAGCUGGUUCAUCUUCUGUACUGAAUACUCUCAUGUGUUUUUCUGGAAUCCCUUUGAGGGAAAGAAAAAUUCCCACAUCUUGAUUAAAAUGAGUUUUAAAUUUCAGAGACAUGA